AUGUCGGGGGCAAUUCAAUUGGAAAACGAGAAAGUUACGUGUGGUGUUUUGAAACCUUCUCCCAACACAAAUCAUCCAGAUCCCGAAGAUCCUGCAAAGGUAUUUGUAAAAUUUUACCUAGAGCACAAUGAACACCUUCUAGGGAUGUCAGAAAACCAAUUCGAUAAAGGCUACUCUCUUGCGCUGAGGUGCUACAGUGGUAGAAUCAACGACAAGUACAAUAGCGUGACACAGGACAGGGGAGAUGUGUAUUCCCCCCCGUAUGAACCGAUGCCAGCAUCCUGCGGAGAGCGAAAGUUGACUGUGCGGCUACUGUGCCGAGGUGUGACAGGACGUGACAAAAUGUUGCAGAUUAGAGAGUAG